AUGGCGGAUGCAAGUCAUAUCACCACCCAUCCUCAGCCUUACCGCAAACGGGGAGACUCUCAGGCCUUUUGCAGAAAAUGUGCAUCAUUGGACUUGGAGAGGGUGUUUGCCCUUUCUCAGAGUGAUUCCACACCCGUGACAGUGAUCAAGCUCGACAAGGGGUACGAGCCCUCGUGUCCGCUUUGCAGAUUCCUAGGGCAUAUCGCCCACAACAGCCCGCGAUCACCUAAACCGAUCCUAACCUUUCUGAAGAUAUAUCAUCUGUGUACUCGCUGCGGUGUGUCGCUUCUUGACUGCCUACACCCUGACGUGGUCUUUGGGGUUGUCGGCACAGAUCGAGAACUGCCGUUGGCAAAGGUUCUCAACCGGUAUGAGAACCUCGAAAAGCGUCAACUCAUCUCUGAUUCCACCUGUCUCCUGCGGGAUGCUGGUCUUAUACUACCCAUUGAUCAGGAUUCCACCCCUGUCCGUUUACAGGGGCACCAGAUAGACGCCGAUUCCAUCAAUUCUGAGGCUGUAAGCAGUUGGAUAGCGACUUGCAAGAGACUUCACCCUCAAUGCUCCAAGGCCUGCGCCAACGCUACCGCCUAUCCCAGGUGGCUGUUUGACUGUCAUGAUAGAAGGCUUGUUCGCAAUUAUGGUAGUGUCGAGUACACAGCUCUGAGCUAUGUCUGGGGUUCGGGGUCGACAGCUUCCUGUCCGAGCGGGAUCCAUGGAACUAACGAUGACCUGGCUUCGCUGCCACAGGUAGUAGAGGAUGCCAUUUCGGUCACCAAAGCUCUCCACUUUCGAUAUCUUUGGGUUGACCGGCUCUGCAUUCGGCGUAACAACAAGCACGAGUUUCAUCGUGACCUAAAGGAUAUGGCCUCAUUCUACCGUGCGGCUCAGUUGACCAUCAUUGCGCUCCACGGGGAGAGUGCAGACGAUGGUCUUCCAGGCGUCAGCACCGUCCGGUGCGAAGAACAGCCUUGUGUCGAGAUCGGGAGUUGUCGCCUGAUAUCCACCAUGGGCACGCUCGAGUCGGCGAGGUAUCGCUCGAAAUACAUAACUCGAGCGUGGACACACCAGGAGGAAGUCUCAUCGAGGCGUCGAUUGUACUUUACGCGUCAGCAAUUGUACUUCAAGUGCAUGACAUCGUCGACAUGCGAGACGGUCGCCACCCACAGCUCGCUCGAGGAGCUCUUGGUUGAGCCAACCGUAAUUUCGAGUGGCAGUCCUAAGCACGAGCUGGAGGAGUUUGACACCGCCUGGGAGCACAUCUCCCAAGUUUCGAGACGGAGUCUAACAUACGAGUCAGACCGGCUGAAUGCAGUGCUUGGUCUUCUCGAAGAACCGUCGCUGCUCAAAGAGUCGUCUCACCUGCGCCAAAUUUACGGCAUGCCCAUCCCGCCCGGCAGGAGGUGGAGGGACGACAUGCUUUCGCCCGACGCACUGUUUGCCCUCUCACUUCUCUGGACCAGACGUCACACCGAGAGCCGGCAAGAUUGCUUUCCGAGUUGGUCCUGGGUAGGCUGGAGCGGCGGCAAGGUGGUCCCGAUCUCUCUGGGCCAACACGCCGCGGAAGGCUCGUGGUCCAACGACGUGGAGGUCGGCCUACAAGCAUGCGACACGUACGACGCGGUGACCCUGAAGGACGUGUCGCGCUUCACCGAGGCCGCCGUGGACGAGAUGCCCCGGGUUCUGCGCGUGAGGAGUCGAGGCUGUCGCCUACGCAACCUGGUCCGCAACCCAUCACCCACGCAGCGCGUCCGGGCGAACUUUGUGUGCGGCUUGACCGAGAGAUCCGUGCCCAUCGACACGGAACUGUGCUCGGACGCCGCGCUCUCCCGCCUCGAGACGUGCGGCACGGUUCUCGCCCUCGACUUUGUGGACCGGUCCAGGGGCCACGACCUGGAUCGCUCGGCGCCCUUGCUGGUGGUGGCGGCCGUGAAUGGGACAGAUCGGCCCUUUGAGCGUGUCGGGACCAUCCGCCUGUCGGCGAUCCUGUCGCUCACGUACCUGGAGCGUCUGAGGCCUGCCGACUUUUUGUCCAAGUGGGAGAACGUGACGGUGCGGAUAGGAUGA